GGGAAAAAUGCUUUCAAGGACAUUUCAAAAUAUUUCUCCAAGGAAGAAUGGGCCGAGAAGGGAACCCAGGAGAAAAUCCACCAUAGGAAUGUGGAAAGGAACUAUGAUGUGCCGACUGACAGAGGUCUCAGAGCCCCUCGACUGGCUUUCAUGGGUCACCGAAGACAGGCCAUCAAAUACCAGGUGGAUCAUGCUGAGGAUUCAGAUGAAGAAUGGACACCUAGGCAACAAGGUGAGAGGCCAAAGGAUUUAAAGAGAAUGCCCAGAGCACCAGUAAGUCACGCGUCUCGUCUGAAGGAUUUGUCAGGACCAACGAGUUCACCGAACAUUAGUGGCUCAAAGCAGCACCGGAAACGCGUGUCCCUUUCUGGAGAAGCAAGUGCCUCUGGACAGCACUCUAGACGAAAGUCAGAGCCAAAAAGAAAAGAGAUUGAAGUGAGGAGGUAUAACCUGAGAAAAAGAAUGGACCGUUCAUACAAAGAGGUCAGCGAGCCUCAGAAUGAUGACUAUCUCUAUUGCUAUGUGUGUCAGGACUACUUCAUUGACCGCUGUGAUAUUCACGGGCCCCCUACAUUUGUAAAGGACAUUGCAGUGGAUAAGGGGCAUCCCAACCGCACAGCCCUGACCCUGCCCCCUGGGCUGAGUAUUAGACAAUCGGGCAUCCCUCAGGCUGGAGAUGGAGUAUGGAACGACGCAUCUGAGCUGCCACUGGGGCUGCACUUUGGCCCUUAUGAGGGCCAGGUCUUAGAAGAUGAAAAGGCAGCCAGAAGUGGAUACGCCUGGAAGAUCACAAAGGGGAGAAACUGCUAUGAGUAUGUGGAUGGGAAGGAUCAAUCUCAGGGCAACUGGAUGAGGUAUGUGAACUGUGCCCGGGAUGACGAGGAAAAGAACCUGGAGGCCUUCCAGUACCACAGCCAGAUCUUCUAUCGGACCUGCCGGGUCAUCAGGCCAGGCUGUGAACUGCUGACCUGGUAUGGGACUGAGUAUGGCAAGAAACUGGGCAUCACGUGGACCGGCAAGCAGAAGAAAUAACUCACGGCAGGACAAGCUUUCCAGGAGCUGGAACUGGAUCUUGAAGGAGACGCUCACAAUCUCUGUUCCUCGGCUGCUGACACAUGA